AUGACUCAAACCCAAGAAGUUCUCUUUUCUAACUUAGAAGAGUUUGAACGUUUAGCCCGAAUGGUUUCCGAUAUGUUAUUCCUUGCGAAGGCCGAGCACGAACAGAUGCAUCCAGACAAAGAGUCGAAGAAGGCAUUGCCAAUCACCGAUGCAGAACUUAAGCUCAUUGCUAAUGCUGCAAUCAUAGGAGAAAGCAGCCAUCCAGUAAACGGAUACAGCACACCAGCGGCCAAAGGAAUACCUAAUGCAUUAUAA